AUGUCUCACCACAAUCAUCUUUCAAAAUUGGCAAAUAUAAUAUCCAAUCAUUCAGACGAAUUGAGAAUUAAUUUGAUUGAAAAUACCCUCUUUUUAAAUGGUUCACCUAAGGAAUCCUUGGGAUGUUUCCUGAGAGGAGAGCUGGUUCUAAAUCUCGCCAAGGCUACAAAAAUAAAGAAGAUCAAAUUGAAUUUUAUCGGAAAAAUAGUAACCCUCUGGAAAAGACCAAAUAACACAAAUAAAUUUGUUGAAGAAGAAGAGAUAAUAAAUCAUCAAUGGACUUUCUUGGAUCUCACAAGUCCAAAUUAUUUAUCUACAAAACCAAUCGCUUUCGUAAACCAUAAAAUUCCAUCCGGAGAGUACAUCUAUCCAUUUGAAUUAUUCCUGCCUGGUUCAAUUCCAGAAACUGCACGUGCUGGUUUUGGUACCAUCUCUUACGAACUUGUCGCCACAGUCACCAAAUCUCGGUUCGUUCCAAAUGUACACGUAACAAAGCACGUGAACAUUAUUCGGACUUAUCCCAAUGAUUUGGGCAUAGCAAUUGCAAAAGAAUGGAAAAACACGUUAGCAUACGAAAUUAACUUGCCUACAAAAGCAAAUGUUAUUGGAAAACCCAUAAAUAUUGGUUUGACAAUUCAACCCCUUGCUGAAAAGCUAAGAAUGGCAAACGUACAAGUUUCACUCGUUGAGAAUACCAUUUACGAAGUUAAAGGGCAUAGAAGUGUCGAAACCAAAACUAUCUCAAAUUGUAAAAUCACAAAUUUCGAUGAACAAACAAUAUUAAAGAAAGAAAAGAAUUUUUUGUUUGGGACGAGUAAAUCCGAUUAUCCUAGCAGAGUUAAUCGGGAGUUUCUUUGGAACAAGGAGAAAGACAAGGAACAAAAUAAUAUCCGAGAAAUAAACGAGUCAGGAAAGGUAGAUACAAGGCAAUUUACCAAAAAUAUUUUAUUCUCGUUUCCAAGCAAGAUAAAUCAUUCGUGUGUUACAUCAACAAUCUCCGUAAUGCAUUAUUUAAACUUCACCUUCGUCGCUAAAGUUCCCGAUAAAUCUAAGAAAAGCCGUCGAUCUGCAAAACAGGUUCAUAUUAAGGUUCCUAUUACAAUCUGCAGAUUUACAGACGAUUUACCCCUUUACGAAGCAACGAAUAAAGAUCAGUUAUUAUUACCGGAAGCUCCAAGUUACGCAUCUAUACUGUAA